CCCGUUCCUUCUAGGACAGCAGCUUCCGUAUCCGUUUGAAGCAUGCAUGAAGAGAUUGUAGUCCUAGUUGAGCAUCUUCAGUUUUUUCCAAUUUUCAUUUUCACCGUAGUGGUCACAGGAGAUAAAGACCACGCAGACACAACCAACCGAUAACUAUUUCACUUACAUGCACUGUCGUUGUUUUUUCAGCUCAGAGUGUUUUCGUCAUCCCCUCUCGAAACAAAGGAAAAUUGUACUCGAUUAAACUACAUAGAUUUGAAAUAUUUGUUUUCCCCCAUCAAUCAAGACCCAAUCAUGACGAGGACAACCACUGCUCCUCAUCAAUCAAUCUCGUCCUCCCCGGCAUCCACCAGCUCGAUGAGGCUGCGAGCUACUGUCCGCUUUUCACUGCAGAGGAAAACUGCCUCGCACUACUCCCCCCACCGGGCACGAGUGACGAACAUGCUCCUCCGCCUCCUUGCCUGCGAAGGACCGCUGCGCGCCAUCGCGGUGUGGGAUCGGCUGUUCGGGAAGGGAGCCUGGGAUCGCGAUUUGGGACACGUUUUCUCCACCAGUGAGGGAGGGGAAAGCAACGGUAAUUAUGCCACCGAUUCCGAACCCGCACCGUCGUCGUCUCCCAACAACGCGGCGGCUGCAGCGGAGGCUGUUCUCACAAGUCCACCGCGUGUUGAGAACAAAAAGCACCGUUUGCGGGGAUCGAAGCGCAGGGCAGCUUCUUCUGCCGGUAGUGGUUCAUCUGGAGAAAAAUCGCAAGAAGUACUAGGGAAGCAGGAACCUCCCAAAGUGGAGUACGAGCAGACGGAUGGUACGAAGAGUUCCUUUAUCGCUGAAAGCAAGGAAGCCGAAGCGGCUCGGGAGGAUAUAAUUUCUGAUGCAUCUUCUUCUUCACCGACUCUGACCGCCGAACCGGUUACACAGAAAGCCACGAUCCGGGAACCUCGUGCCUUCGCGCAACAAAACGGCGCGUAUUCCGGCGGCACAGCCGGGGGAACAGAUGAAACCUUGGGUGGUCCAGUACCAGAAGUAGCAGAAGAAGCAUCGACUCCUUCCCCGGUGUCGACCAGCCCGGCAACGACCUCCAGCUCGUUUGCCGCUAAACGAAAGCGUCCCGAUACGGCCAGAAAACUGGGGGACGAAAGCGAGACCGAUCCUGUUGCGACGUCGUUUUUGUUGCAAAGUGAACAACAUCAUGCAGGAGCAGCAGCUUCAAAUUUAAUGUCGCAACUAAAAGGGGCCGCAGUUGGAUUUGGAAGUGCGGUGGCUACCAAGGCUAAGGAGCUCGCUGUUGGCGCAGCGAACUCGGGCAAGAAAACAGUAGCACAGAAGCUACUUAAGGAACAAAACGCAAUAAGGCGGGAAUUGGAGAUGCGGACUGAAAUCAUUGAACACCACGUCGCACCCCUCGACAGUGCACAAAGCCUUUCCACCGCUGCCAGCACGAUCCGCAUUCGUCGGUGUGUAAUCGGCUUCGCGGCUACGAUGGAUUCCGAAGUAGAUUAGAGGCACCCACUGCCAUCGUAGAUCGAUGUACCUGGACAACUGGACACAGCAAAAGUGAUUAUUUGCAAGUUGUAGAUGUUGCCUUGAAAAUAGUGAGUAACAGUUCAUCCACCUCUAUUCGAAAACAAAUAAGAUGUUGAUAUGGCACAAGAAAGGAGAUAAAGUCGUGUGCAACUCACGAUAUAUUGGUGGACGAUGGUCAUGGUGCAGACGGUCGUCUGAGGGGUAUCGCAUAUCAUGCUCCAGCUCGUAUGUUUUUUUUGAAGAUUAUAUAUGCAGUGUCUGGUGACUCGCAUGGCUCGCUUGAGGCUGCACUGUCUCUGUCUCUUCAUUUAGUAUGCGGGACUUUACUUUUUUUCUAACGGUGAUGAAAAUACUUUUUUGACGUAUUGCUGUUGUCGCGAAGCCUGACUUCUUAUUGCAAAGGAACUGAAAUCAGUCUUGUGUUGGCAUGGGUGCGCAUUUCUUCACGUGGAUAUACUGGUAUCAAACAAUCGAUCAUUACUUCGUGACUUUCCAACCGCCGGGUAGGGACGAGGAGACUAUCGUAGUUGAGUAUCACGCUGGUGGGAUUGGAGUCUACGAAUUCGAAAAUAUUACUUGGACCACAAGCGAGAACGGGUAUGCGAAUGUGAUGAAUACUCUGAAGCAAAAACUGACUCUGGAAGGGACCAAGUUGGCAAGCAGGUUCGACCUUCUUGAUAUGACCGAAACGAAGCUGAUGAUCAGGUCCAAGGUGUGCGUGGGUGGUCUGCUGGGACAGCUUGGCACUGCCUGGAAAGAAAAAGUGGUUGCGGAAGCGAAGAUGCAGAAACUGGAAAAAGAAAUCACUAACGCAGCCGAUAAAGCAGCAGCAGAAGGUAAAGAACCGGGAGGAGCAUUCGCGUCUCUGCAUUUACGUGCGCAGUUAAAGUACCAAGAAAUGGAGAAGACUUAUGCAGAGUGGAAGUUGGAACAGCUUCGCCUCGGUACUCCAGAAUUCCUAAAAGAAAAGAAGUUGCCCGGUCCUCCAUCUGCCAAUCCAAAUCCUAUUGACGAGAGGCACGGUAGAUUUCGGGAUCCCGAGCCGGAACCCAUUGCGGGUUUCACGAUAAAAGUGACAGGGCUCGACACACUUUCGAGAAGGUGA